AUGAAAAGAAAAGCUGAGAAGCAGCAGGCGACUGCUCCGGUCAGCGCUUUUGCGGCGCGCAAAGCUCGGCAACAGCAAGCGCAGCUUGUAGAGCCAGAGAAGACCGCGCAGAAUGAGCCCGCCGUCGAGCCGCCAUCCAAAAGAGCGCGGUGGUCACCUGAGGAAGGUGCCGCGAGGCAGGCCGCUAACGGAAACGAUCGGGUACAGACGAGGCGCUCUACGAGGAGGAAGGCAGAGACCUUGAGCUCUGAGCUUGCUGAAAAGCAGCCUCAAAGGUCUGCUGCCGCCGCAAGAGCACAGAUUGCAGAGCGGACACCAGCUCCGGAGAAGGGAGAUGCUGAGACCUCCGACGCCGCCGAGGAAGAAGAGGAGGAUAUACUGGAGCGAGAGAAUGGCGUAGGAGUCAUUGCUGCGGAGGACGAUGCUGAAGGCUAUGAAUCACCGGCCGAUGACGUCCCGCAGGUCCAGAAUUUUCCACUCUCAAAGACACGGUUGAACAAGAGCAAUAUCGUAUUUAGUGAUGAGCGUACACUCUGUGUUCGUAUCAAAGAGAAGAUGACCCUCGUGUUGUUGGGACAUUACGACCUUUGGGUCAAGCGAGGUGUGAUUAGCCUGAUGGGCGCAAAGCUGCAUCCUUCGCCACGGCUCUACAGGGUUUACGCGCCGUCUACGCACUCGUUGCCCGUCAUCAAGUGUGUAGCUGGGGUCGAUGGCGAAGCCGAGAUUGAAGUCAAGUCAUGUAACAGUGGCAUCUAUCGACUCAGGCACUUGUCGCCAUUGUAUCAGCGGAUAUGGAAUGGGAAGAACACAGCAGCGGACAAACUGACAUUGAAGAAAGCUUCUGCGUCUACCAAGAGAACUUUCUCAGUGUUAUAUACUUCAUCCGACGACUCCUGGAAUCGUCAUCUGAGGCCACUACAUCUUGAAAAGCAAUGGAGCUCGGCGAUUAGAUCGCUUUCGCAGCGAGGGGGACGAUUGAAAGUCCUGAUCUGUGGUCCCAAAGCGUCAGGGAAAUCAACCUUUAGCCGCUACCUCUUGAAUCAUCUUCUCAGUCCAGCGCCGCAAACCGAAAAUAACCACCGGAAUACUGACGGAGUCGCUUUUCUGGACCUUGAUCCUGGACAGCCGGAAUUCUCUCCGAUGGGACAGGUUUAUUUAGCACACCUUCGCUCUCCAUUCUUUGGCCCGCCAUUCACGCAUCCAUCGUUGGCUGAAUCCCAGGAUGGUUCGAUCAUCCGGAGUCACCACAUCGGAGUUACAUCUCCAAAGGAAGACCCUGACCAUUACGUUUUGGCAGCAAUGGAUCUUAUGGACCGCUAUCGAGCCCUACUGGCAAGCUACCCUCAAUGUCCACUCAUCAUCAAUUACCCCGGAUGGAUCUUCGGGCUCGGCCUAGAAGUCGCGACAUGGCUAGUGAAAUCUUUGGGUCUAUCGGAUGUCGUCUACAUGAGUGAAAAAGGCCCGGCCGAGGUCGUGGAGCCCCUUGGCCAUGCUGCCCAGGAAGCUAGAGUUCCUCUGACCACGCUGCCGUCUCAGCCCACCGAUUUCGUCAGCAGAUCAAGCGCUCAAUUACGCUCGAUGCAAGUACAGUCCUACUUCCAUAUGUCCCACCCGAGCGAGAUUCAUAAUCCACAAUGGCUGGAUACAACCAUGUCCCGAUCUCGACCGCUCGUUGUCGAUUACGCCGGGCCACGGCAAGGCAUUCGUGGAAUAAUGGUAAUGGGCUCUCAGAUUAGCCCUGACCUUCUCCAUGAGGCCCUGGAUGGAGCGCUCGUCGGCGUUGUUGCCGUUGAGUCUCCCAAUGCAAUUAUGGGCCAAGCCGACACAGCCGGAUUUUCGGGUAGCUCUCAACGGGACGCGACGCAAGGCGCUGAAGAUCUGUCAGGUGCCGCUUCAGAUGUCGACAUGAACGACGUUACGGAUGCUUCCCACGGGGACGUCGCUCCUACAUCGUCCUCCUCUGUUGAAUCAAUGAUCACACGUACCCCGAACGAAGAUUUACCGUAUCUCUUCGUCGGCUCCGGGAGCUGCAACCCUCUCGACCCCAAGGCCUCCAACUGCCUGGGUCUGGCUCUCGUCCGCUCCAUCGACGUUCCAUCACGCAAGCUGGAACUCAUCACUCCAAUCCCAGGAUCCAAACUCCGCGAUGCCCUUGAACAAGGCCAUGGCAUCGUGCUAGUUCGCGGGAUGCUAGAUAACCCCAGCUGGGCCAUCAGCGAAGACUACUACGCCGCGCGGGCAGCGGAAAAGCACCACCAGGAACUUGUCGCCAAAGCACGCAAGGAAACCGACACUCGGGAUGGUCGGGACGCAGCGGGUGACGCAGACACGCAAGGCAUGGUGUCUGCCUUGCUCAGGGACCGGAUACGGCGCGCUAGCAACGUGCCUUGGAUGACGGUGAUAGAGGAUAACAGCCGGCGGCACCGGGAGGCCGCCCAGCGGGAGAAGUCUCUGUGGAAGUUACGCAAGAAAGCAUACCCUGGUAGCGAGAGUGAAACCGACUGGUAG